AUGGUAGCAUUAUAUUUUGCCUUAUUAACGAUUAGUCUAUGCCAAGCUGACGAGCCUCAUCGCAUCGUAGGCGGGGUUGAUACAGCGAUUAAAUUGCAUCCAUGGCAAGUUUCGCUGCAGCGAUUUGGAGUACACUUUUGUGCCGGAUGCAUCUACUCUACAAGCUUGAUAAUAACUGCAGCUCACUGCCUAAUACCCAAAUAUGUAAGCCCAAACAUUAUGCGCAUUCGCGCUGGUUCUUCGUAUCGCUCUGAAGGCGGUGUACUCCUCCAUAUGCUUACUUUCAAGAGACAUGAGAGGUUUGAUGACACAAGCAAGAUCAACGAUAUUGGCGUAGUGCGCCUAAGAGAACAUUUGGUGUUCAGCCUUACAAUACAACCGGCUUCGCUGGCGCUUUUGACGCCGAUGACUGGUGCCAAAGCUAACGUAACCGGCUGGGGAAAAACCAAAUUCAUGGGAAUGAAUUCCGAACGACUACAGCGGAUUGAGACGUUUAUUGUUCGCCGAGCGACGUGUGCCAGCAAUAAAUACGAAUAUGGCAAUAAAAUUAAACCUUCGAUGAUUUGUGCGUAUGCAAAAGAUAAAGAUGCUUGCCAAGGUGACUCUGGCGGACCUAUGAUUAUCCAUGGCGUACUAGUUGGCAUUGUAUCCUGGGGACAGGGUUGUGCUAAGCCAAGAUAUCCUGGCGUUUAUGCUAACGUCGCCGCACUGAGAAUUUGGAUAUACAAAGCAGACAGCGAAACAAAAUUUAAACAAAAAAAAUCGUCCUAA